AUGUACAGCCAAGAUAAGGUUGAUUCGAGGCAGUUUUCAGAUAUCUCGAGCCGCAACAAGAAGCCGCUAAUGGCGACAGUGAAAGUGCUGGCUGUAAAGUGUGGCAACGUUGAACACGACCUAGACCCCUUCAGCGUCUUCCGUUGCGGCAGCGUGACCGUCUCCAGGUUACCGCUCGUGAAGCAGGCCCCCGAGGCGAAGCACUCCCAGAAGGGAGGAAGGCACCGGUGUCGCUUCUGCGAUUACUCCAGCGACGUGACGACCGACGUCAGGAGACACGAGAGGCGUCACACGGGCGAGAAGCCGUACGUGUGCGACGUCUGUUCCAAGGGUUUCACGCAGAAGAGCAACCUGGACAAGCAUUCCAAGACCGUCCACGAAGGGGAGAGGACUCACGUGUGCGCCACCUGUGGGCGGACGUUUCAGCAGAAGAGCCACCUGCAGAGGCACGAGGCGAUGCACUCGCAGUGA